AUGUUACUCUUUUUUGCAAAACUUGUCGUAUUUACCUUUUUCUUUUGGCUUUUAAAAUAUGGGAAAACGAGGUCAUAUCCCAAAUCUGGCCAUAAGGGACAUACGAAAUUAAAUCAACCAGUAGUUAGAACAUUAGCAGAUUUUAAUGACAUGUUUGCAAACCAAAAAAAUACAUUUAAUUUUCUAAAACAUAUAAAUCAUUAUAAAAAUGAACAAGAUACAAAUAAUACACACACGCCAAAUCAUGAUGAAUAUUCUCAUAAUUUGCCAAAAAAUCACGAAGAGUCAAAUGCAAAUAUGAACAAUCAUAAUUCUUUCAAUGACAAAUCUGUUAAUAAAAAAGAAGCUUUCGAUCAAUUUUUACAAACGUUAUUAAACAAUUAUGAAAUAAUGCAUAAAGAAGAUGAAAGUAAAGAAUCAAAUCAACAUAACUAUAAAGAAGGUCCCUCAUAUGAAGAUAAAAAAAAUAUGUACAAAGAAAUAUUGAAAGGAUAUUAUAAUGUAUUUUUUGAAAAUUAUGCAAACGACACAGAAUCAAAUGUACAUAAUAAACCUGAGGAAGUUCAUAAACAUGAGGAAAUUCAUAAACAUAGGAAACUUCAUAAACAUGAAGAAGUUCAUAAACCUGAGGAAUUUCAUAAACCUGAGGAAUUUCAUAAACAUGAGAAAGUUCAUAAACAUGAAGAAGUUCAUAAACCUGAGGAAGUUCAUAAACAUGAGGAAAAUCAUAAACAUGAGGAAAAUCAUAAACCUCAAAUGGUAGGUCAAGCACCUCCAGAAAAAGAGAUACGCCAAGAAUCAAGAACUCUAAUACUUGGUUCAUUUCCCCAAGCAGGUGAAAUAUUAAGAGAGGAUUUAUGGAACAAAGAGGAUAACAAAUUUAGUUACGCACUUGACCCUAAUGAUUAUGCAUCUAUAGAAGAUAAACUUUUAGGAUCUAUAUUUGGAUACUUUAAAAAAAAUCAUGACAAUUUGGUUAAACAUUUGUUACAACAAAUUAAUACUUACAAACAUAAAUAUAUGGAACUUAAAGAACAAUAUAUUAAUGAAGUUAUGAAACUUAAAAAAAUAUAUAACAAAAGCAUCAUGGUCAUAUUUAUAGCAUCUUGUAUUUCAAUAUUAGGACCUGUAAUGUUACACAUGCAUCAAAAUAAUCCAGAAGAAUUUUUUGCGACCAUAUUAAGUUUUUCUAUAUCAUUAGGUCUUCAUAAUUUAUUACUAACUUAA